AUGGCGGAUUCGACCGGACCGCCUGUGGCGAGUCUGCAGCUGGCGAAGCCUCGCAGCAUGUUCCUCUGCGGCUCGCUGCCGGUCUGGCUCGAUCGCGAAUUCACCACGCUCGAGUUCUCUCCGGGGAUAUCGAGAUCUUUCUUCCACGAUAGGACUCCCGGCAUUCCCAAGGUGAUCCCUCCCCCAGCCCAACCGUCCCUGGACACGCAUCCCCCCGCAUGGCUGCACCGGGACAACAUCCUCCUGCCAGUCGACCGUCCCUCGGACCCUCCAGGUUCCACCUGGGGGGGGUCGUAUCUGCACCACAGCGGCGCGCGCAAGUGCGAGGCGCUGGCGGUGAGGGGGCUGGCGGAGUUUGGGGAGGACGCGGUGGACGUGAUAGCGCCCGCGGACGUGCUGAAGCAGCUGUUUAAACUGCCCUUUUCCAAGGCGAGCCUCUUUGUCAGCGUGCACCGCGUUGGCCGCACGCUCGUGCUCAACCCCGGCUCCGAGCCUGGCUGUGUGGACUCCCACAAGGUCGCACGGACCUCCAGAGGGCAGCGUGAGGCAGUGCUCCUCUUUAAGCUGGGCGUGGUGCGAGUGUGCGACCACAGCAGUCAGCAGCAACAGCAACAGCGCCGGCAGCAGCAGCAGCAGCAGCAGCAGUUUGGGUUGCAGAAGGCUGUUGUCACUGAUGCAGCUUGCGCUGGUAGUUUGAAGAAUCAGAUUGAAGGCGUUCAAGGGGAAGUGAAAGUGGAAGUGGAAGAGGAGAAGGAGCAGGAGCAAGAGGAGGGGUAUGCGCGUUGGGAGGGCGCUGGGAAGGGCAAGCCAUGCAGCAAGCGGGAGAGAAGGCUGGAUAAUGGCAGCAACGGAGGAGCGGGGAGGCGAAUUGAAACAGGGGUAGGAGGAGGAGGAGGUGCGGGGAAGCGAAUGGAGACAGGAGGAGGGGGAGGAGGAGGAGUGGAGGCAGAGAGAGGGGCGGACGGGUUUGCCCGGGUGGUGUUCUGGCAGUUGGAGCACCUGAGGCUGUUUCUUGGCAGCGACCUGAUUCUGUUCAGCAAUGAGAAGCAUGCUGCUGUCAGCCUUCACCUCGUUGACGUGGAGCAUGAGAGCUCCCCUCUAGUGUGGCUGGAUAUCUGGCUGGAUAACCUGAUGGCGGGGGUACCAGAGCUGGCCAUCUGCUAUCAUCACAAGGGCGUCGUGCAGGGCUACGAGCUGCUGCACUGUGACGACGUGUUUCUGCUCAAGUGCCUCGCGAGAGACGGGUCGGCGUCGUUCUACCCCCACGCUGUGAGGGACAGCGCGCUCGCCAUCCUGGGGUUCCUGCAGGACAAGUGCGUGCGCAGCCCCGGCACCUACUGGCUUCGCAAGGAUGCAGGCACUGACGUGCUGCAGCUAUUCGACCUCACUCCACCGCUCCAGAACCCAUCUGCACCGCUCCGCCUCGCCCCAUCCCUCGCUACCCAUCCUUCACCCCUGGGAGAACCAUCAGGAGAGGCAGCAGGGGCAAGAGCGGGACGAGCAAGGGGGGCAGCAGUGGGGACAGCAGGGGAGGCAGCAGGGGGGCUAGCGGGGCGAGCAGGAGGGAACUCCCCGUUAUCUUCUCUCGAUCCGGCUGUAGCAGCGCACCUCUCCCUGCCCCUCGCUAUGCUGCUCUACCGCCUAGCCCUUCAUCUCUCAGACUCCCACGUGCCCCGGGAUCGGCACAGGACAGCCCAGCUGUUUGGGUACUGCUUGCAACUGCUGCACCAGAAAGACCACCCGGUAAGCCCCUGCAUUCUACCAUCCCCCCGAGCAGUAAGUGCAGCCCCAACCACGGGCGGUGCAGCGUACGAGCGGGCGGUGCAGCGUACGAGCGGGCGGUGCAGCGUACGAGCGGGCGGUGCAGCGUACGAGCGGGCGGUGCAGCGUAGGAGCGGGCGGUGCAGCGUACGAGCGGGCGGUGCAGCGUACGAGCGGGCGGUGCAGCGUAUGAGCGGGCGGUGCAGCGUACGAGCGGGCGGUGCAGCGUACGAGCGGGCGGUGCAGCGUACGAGCGGGCGGUGCAGCGUACGAGCGGGCGGUGCAGCGUACGAGCGGGCGGUGCAGCGUACGAGCGGGCGGUGCAGCGUACGAGCGGGCGGUGCAGCGUAUGAGCGGGCGGUGCAGCGUAUGAGCGGGCGGUGCAGCGUAUGA